AUGGCCGACAACGCUGCGAACGCGUCCUCGCCGCCGGCUGCUGCUGCUGAGGUCGAUUACGACAAGCUGACGGUGAAGGACAUCUUUGAGAACCUGACGUACGGGCCUGCUCCCGAGUCUGACGCUGCCUUCCGCGAGUGGGUGGACGAGCACGAGGGCAAGUUUGGCCUGUUCAUCAACAACGAGUGGGUGCACCCGGCGGGGGCCAAGUACCGGCCGUCGGUCUGCCCUGCGACUGGCGAGGAGCUGUGCGUGACGUGCGACGGGACGGAUGCCGACGUGGACGUUGCGGUGAGCGCUGCGCGGACUGCGUUUGAGUCGUGGUCUGCGCUGGAGCCGCACGUGCGUGCGAAGCACCUGUACUCGCUUGCGCGUCAUGUGCAGAAGCACGCGCGUCUUCUUGCCGUGGUCGAGGCGCUGGACAACGGCAAGUCGAUCCGUGAGACGCGCGAUGCGGACGUGCCGAUUAUGGCGCGGCACUUUUACACCACGCCGGAUGGGCGCAGCUGA